AAUGAAGCGCCUGCAAGGAAAGGCGGCAGUGAUGUUUAGUUGCGGAGUAGAAGUGGGUCGAGCUGCUGUGGGGUUUCUGUGUGACUUUCAUGUCACCUUAAAUUAAAAUUAGCCUGAAUUCAUCGUUAUCUUAAUCGGCCGUAAUGGCCGGUGUGAUCCGGCGGCUGGACGAGGCGGUGGUGAACCGCAUCGCGGCGGGGGAAGUGAUCCAACGGCCCGCCAACGCCGUGAAGGAGAUGCUGGAAAACUGUCUGGACGCGGGGUCCAGCAGCAUCCAAGUCACGGUGAAGGACGGAGGACUGAAGCUCAUCCAGAUCCAGGACAAUGGCUGUGGCAUCAGGAAGGAGGACAUGGAGAUCGUGUGUGAGAGGUUCACCACAAGCAAACUGCGGGCCUUCGAGGACCUCAGCGUCAUCACCACUUACGGCUUCCGCGGAGAGGCCCUUGCCAGCAUCAGUCAUGUGGCUCACCUUACCAUAACAACGAAAACAGCUGAUGGAAAAUGUGCCUACAGAGCCGCUUACUCUGAUGGGAAGCUGAAGGCUUCCCCCAAACCGUGUGCAGGGAACCAGGGCACCCAGAUUACGGUGGAGGACCUGUUCUACAACGUGUCCACACGCAGGAAGGCCCUGAGAAGCCCCAGCGAGGAGUACAGCAAGAUCGUGGAGGUGGUCAGCAGAUACGCCAUCCACAAUUCAGGCAAGAGCUUUGCAGUGAAGAAGCAAGGGGACACCACGGCAGACCUGAGGACUCUUCUUAACGCCUCGAUGGUGGACAACAUCCGGGCCGUGUUCGGCAACGCUGUGAGCAGGGAGCUCAUCGAAGUCGGAUGUGAGGACCAGAAACUGGCUUUCAAACUGAGGGGCUUCAUCUCCAAUGCCAACUAUUCGGUGAAGAAGUGCAUCUUCCUGCUCUUCAUCAACCACCGCCUGGUCGAUUCCAGCGCACUCAAGAAGGCCAUCGAGACUGUCUACUCGGCGUACCUCCCCAAGAACACACACCCCUUCCUCUACCUCAGCCUGGAGAUCAGUCCGCAGAAUGUGGACGUCAACGUCCACCCCACAAAGCAUGAGGUGCACUUCCUGCACGAGGAUGCCAUCAUCGAGAGUGUCCAGAAACACGUGGAGGGGAAACUGCUUGGCUCCAACUCCUCGCGCACCUACUUCACACAGACCCUACUCCCGGGACUUCCUGCCCCUGGGGGUGACGUGAGGCCAUCCUCCAGCUGUCUGUCGGACCCCAGCGAGCGCCCCUCCGCCCAGCACAUGGUGCGCACAGACUGCCGCGCACAGAAGCUGGACGCGUUUCUGCAGCCUGGUGUCGGCGUCAGUGCCCCUGAUGCCCCAGACCAGCAGGGGCGCCCUCGCGAAGACUCACGUGGGCUGGAUGACGCAAGGAUGCCGACAGCCCUCGAGGAGGAGGAGGAGCCCAAAAUCUCGGAGGGCGUCCAAAAAGGGAGCCCCGUCCUUCCGGAAGUCUCCUCCAGGAAGCGCCCACGCGUCGAGCCUCCCCAGGAGUCUCCGCCUCCUGCCACACCCUCCAGACGCAACAUCCGGCUGACGAGCGUUAAGGAGCUGCGCGUAGAGAUCAGUGACCGUGCCCAUGCAGGCCUGCAGGAGAUGCUGCAGAACCACACGUUUGUGGGCUGUGUCACACCCCAGUGGGCCCUGGUGCAGCACCAGACCAAACUGUACCUGCUGGACGUCACCAGGCUAAGCCAGGAGCUCUUCUACCAGAUUGUCAUCUACGACUUCGGCAACUUUGGGCUCUUGAGAUUAUCUCAGAGUCCGGCUCCUCUCUACGACCUGGCCAUGCUGGCGCUGGAGAUGGAGGAGAGUGGCUGGUCUGAGGACGAUGGCCCCAAGGAAGGCCUGGCCCAGUACAUCGUGGACUUCCUCCAGAAGAAGGCGGAGAUGCUAGAGGACUACUUCUCCAUGGAGAUCGAUCAGGAGGGCAAUCUGACAGGGCUGCCCCUGCUCCUGGAUGGAUACACGCCAGCCAUGGAGGGCCUCCCCAUGUUCGUGCUGCGCUUGGCCACAGAGGUGAACUGGGACGAGGAGAAGGAGUGUUUCCGGGACUUCAGCCGCGAGUGCAGCAUGUUUUAUUCCAUGAGGAAGCAGUACAUGCCAGAGGACACACUGGAAGCGGAGCCCAAGGAGCAGGGCACCACAGGCCCUUCUUGGAGGUGGACUGUGGAACAUCUGCUCUUUAAGGCCUUCAGGACUCUACUGAGCCCCCCAGGGACCUCCACCCAGGACGGCAGUGUGCUGCAGAUCGCCAACCUGCCCGACCUCUACAAGGUCUUUGAGAGGUGCUGAGAGCGGCACCUCCCUCAGGAUCUGGCUUGAAUGACCACUGUGAUUGCUGUGUGAGGU